GGCCACCAACAAUGUGGGUUUCUACCCUCAACAACAACAAAUCGAACAAAAUGCAAACAAUGUUGGCAAACAUUGCGGCUCUCUUCAUUGUUGUUUUACAAUUACUUGGGCAGUUAAACGUCACAGUAGCAAACAAUGUUGGCCUAGGAAAUCACAUUCUGCAUGAAGGAAAGGUGAAGCUUGCCGCAGGCUCGAGGGUUGUUACCAAUAAAGAAGACUUUGUGAACAUGACGAUUUCUGCUAAUGCUUGCAAUGUUAGCUUUGAUAAGUGGGGGAAUAUUUAUCUACCCUACAAAAAUCAAGGGACGGCAAAGGACAAAGGUUGUACGGUGGAUCUUCUAACCGAUAAGGUGGACGAGAUUGUUUUACAAUCUGGCUUGCUUAAUCGUGUAGGACUUGGUUAUUGUUUGAAAGAUGAAGGCGUCAAUUCAAAUGUACUACCUUUUGCCUACAGUCUGACAAAUGAGGAAGUCGAGAAAUUCCACAACGGCCCGCUCUUUGCUAACGGUUCUUGCUAUAGUUGUGCGGAGGGUUGUGUCAAAAAGACUGGUCUAGAAGUUAGAUGGGCAAUGGAUGAGGGUCAAGACAGAGGCGGAUAUGCUGAAUAUGCUGUGAUGAAUGUAAAUCCAAUUGCCACAAAAAUGGUUUAUUAUGUUGGCAAAAAAUGGGACAUGAGAAACAAAUAUGUGCAAUGGUUAUCCGACUUAGUAAUCAACAAAACGGAUCCUAAAUUUCACUUGAAAUCUGCAAAAAGAGAGAAAGACACGUUUGCUCAAUCAUAUACUAGUAUCUGCCUAAAUAACUCUAAAGAAGACAUUCUCUCGCCCUCAACAUGGGAAAUUGUUGGUACGAGUCCAGAGCCAAAAAUGAAUCGUUUGUUGGUUUUUCAUCUUCUUCCACAAACGGCAUCGCGGCAGAGGAUGUUAGUAAAAAGUAAUCGUACUCAGUUACCGGAAUAUGCUGUGGUAAAAGAACAUCCAGAAGGGCCCUUAUGCGAUGAAAUUGUGAUUAUAUUUCUUGGGAGUAACUACAGAUUGUUGGCAACUCCAGACACUUCGACACCUAAAGAUCCAACAGAUGGAAACACCUCUAUAGUAUUCAAUGUUGGUCUUAGGAAUCACACUCUUCAAAACGGAAAAGUGGUACUUGCUAAGGGAUCUAUAGUUGCCAAAAAAGAAGACGUUGAGCAGUACAUGUCGAUUUCUGCGGAUGCUUGUGAUGUUGAUUAUAAUGAUGAGGGGAAUAUCGUUAUCCACUACAAAAAUCAAGGGACGACAAAGGAUAAGGGGUGUACGGUCGAUCUUUUAACAGAUAAGAAGGACGAGAUUGUUUUCUGGACUGGUAUGCAGAAUCAAGGAGGGCUUGAUGAUUGUAUGAGAGAGAGUGACAUCAAUUCGAAUGUGUAA